CCCCCAUCAACCACCCAACCCACCACAACCCGCGCCUUUUUACGCUCCUCAAUUUCCUCUUUAGUUCUCGCAAAACAACUAUCAACAUCCAACAUGGCGGCUCUCGGUCUCGGUCUCUUCUUGGGUGGAUCCAUCCUCGCUAUCCCCGUCGUAACUGGCGUCGCGGAGGGCGUCGAGCACCAGAAGAAACAGAACGAAGAGGCUGCGAAUGAGACGCGCAUGACGAAGUUCAAUGCUUUUGUAUCGUGCGAAAGCGAUGACGAGAUCGCCGACGAGGUCGACAACGGGAUUCUGGUGCUGCGGCACAACAAGGUCUGGAUAGUACCUCGAGAUGAAAAGAAUAAGCCAAUAUCACCCGUCCCUGACAUGAAGCCCCCCCUCCACGCGUUCGCCGGUUUCUAUAUCCAGUACCCCGACGACGACCGCUCGCCGCCCGAGCGUGGCCUCGUAUCCACUAUAUCCGACGAUCCACCCAUGCUGAACUGGAUCUACUGCGACAAGCAAACCUACGAGCUCAGGUACGGCAACCGCAGCGCGUCCAUUACGCACAUAGUCGGCGUGUGGGAUUGGACUGAAGACGAGACCUGCAUCACGCUCGACGGCUGGGAAGGCUUCAUUGCCAUCGACGAGUGGGACGGCGCCGACGAGGACAACACAACCGAGUGGGGUAGAGAAGGGCUCAGAUGGGCAUUAUACUUUGAUAAGGACGAUAAUGGAUUGAAAGGAAGGAGGAAGGGGAGGGACAUGUUUGAGGUGGUGCUGAAGAGGAAGAUCCAGAGCGAGGAAGAGCAGCUGAAGCAGAUGCAGGAGGCUGAGAAGAAGAUGCAAGUUAAGAGUCGGGGAGAUUUAAAGACGCAGUUCACGGCUCCUGCGAGAGAGCUAGCGAGGAAGAAUGAGGCGGCGAGAAAAUAGGUUGAAGCAGCCUGGAGGUUUACGAAGUGGGACAUUCAUCCCAGAGGGCUCCGAGGACGGAUGCGAAUCACGAUUACAGAGUCGA